UUCGCUUCUUAUUGCCACCAGCUGAACUGAGUGACAAACAACACAACAAACCCCGUGUCCUUCACCACUCACCACCGGUCACGCUCCUUCUCCUCCUCUCUCAUGGCAUUCUCUCGCAACGGCGUCGUUAUCCCCACCCACGAUGAACACGCCGACAUUGAGGAAGAAGACGACGACGAUUUAGAGGAAGAGGACAACUAUUUUGUCCAACCAAACACCGAUCACCACUACCAAACAGAACAAUCUCCAUCAACCUUCGCCACCGCCGCUGUCCCUACCUCCGUCAUCUUAGCCCUACCUCACGCCUCCGCAUCAGCAACCACCAUCGACGGCUCCCCUGAACCAAAACGGGAGCCAAUGGAAGAGAAGACCAGCGAUUCUCGGAAGCUUUUUCAGCGUAUCUGGACUGAGGAAGACGAGAUUACGAUCCUGCAAGGGUUUCUCGAUUACAACGCAAAUCGUGAAUCCUCUUAUCAUAACGAUACUGGAUCGUUCUAUGAUCACAUGAAGGGGAAGAUUCAGCUGGAUUUCACCAAGAGCCAGCUUGUUGAUAAGCUUCGGAGGCUGAAGAAGAAAUAUCGUACUGCUCUCCAGAAAUUUGAUUCUGGCAAGGAUUUUGGUUUCAAAAGCACUCAUGAUCAAGCUGCUUUUGAAAUUUCCCACAAAAUCUGGAACAUUAACGGUAAUUCAACGCCAAUUGGAGUACCUGUUGAGGAAGAUGAUGAAAUCAUCCCAAACCCUAACCCUAAUUCUUCUCAUUUGGCUGAGAAGAAAGCUGUGCAAUCUCGUAAGAGAUCGCGGGCAGCUGAGGAGGAGAGGCAUGAGCUGAAUGAUUCGAAAGACAAUCAUCAGAAUAACUCUGGUAAUACCAAUAGCAGCAAUGUCGAUGAAAAUCGUGAAAAAAGUAACGGUAAUCAUGUGCAUAAUGUACCUGGAUUGAUUGAAGAGACCGUGAAGAGCUGUUUGACACCGGUUUUGAAGGAGUUAUCCAAUGCUACCAUGAGUGGGAGUCCUUUUGGUUUUGGGGGAAGAGGGUUUGGAGCUGGAGGCUUUUCAAUGAAUACUGUGCCAUUAGGGUUUUUGAAUUUGGGGAGCGGAGAAAAGGCUGUGGAUGAUAAGUGGAGGAAGCAGCAGAUUUUGGAGCUGGAGGUGUAUUCCAAGCGGUUGGAGCUGGUGCAGGAUGAAGUCAAGGCUGCGAUCGAGGAGUUGCGAUCGAAUGCUGGAGCUGGAGGAGCCGGAGGUAGUGGAAAUAAUACCAAUCAAUAGUUAAUAUCAUAUCUAGAUAGAUAGUGAUUUUCGUUUACAGCUUUAGCUUUUUUUUUGGAUUUGAAAUACAGCUUUUGGUUUUGGGGAUGAUUGCAAUUGCAUAGUAACUUUUCAACAAUAUGCUCUAAUUUUUUAUUAGUCUGUUGUCGAAUUCUCUUGUACAUUUACAGAGAGAAUUCAGAACGCAGAGGAUUGUAUUUUGAUGUGCAAUAGGAAUUCUGGCAAUUGUUACAUAUGAAUCUCAGAGGGAAGUUUUGUUUAGGGUUUA